CGACCAGUCAGCAGCAAGAUGAGUGCGAUGGAGGUCGAUACACAGCCAGAGCAGACGCAGACGAAGCGGUUCGAGGUCAAAAAGUGGAACGCGGUAGCCAUGUGGGCCUGGGAUAUCACCGUCGACAACUGUGCGAUCUGUCGGAAUCACAUCAUGGACGUCUGCAUCGAGUGCCAGUCGAACCCGAACAGCUCGAGUAGCGAGGACUGCACGGUGGCCUGGGGCGUCUGCAACCACAUCUACCACAUGCACUGUAUCAGUCGAUGGCUCAAGACGAGGCAAGUGUGCCCGCUAGACAACAGAGAAUGGGAACUCCAAAAGUACGGCAAGUAGUCAGGCCACCUACGUACUCGCUCCGGCU